UUUACAGGUGGCGAGCGUAACUGUGGAGUACAUGAGCUGGUCUGCGUCAGAAAAGUCUCUCCAGAGGUGCUGGGGUUUCUGACGGCCAUCGGACUCUUCAUCAUCCUCAUGACCCUCCUGUUCUGGUACCUGAACAACAAGUUGGCUCUCGAGAACCCAGGGAGCCUUCAGUGCCUUGAUGACUUAAGGAAAAAGAACGAUCUGCAAGACAAGGCCUACUCUGACGCCGACCUGCAGGGCUCGUCAUCGGACAGCGAGGACGAGCUGAUGGGUCAGUAUCAGGAGGCGGUCAGCCGUUCCCAAGGCCUCCGGGGAGGAGCCAAGGCGCCCACUGCCACCAAACACGCAGGAGGUUUCAGCUGGGAGAGCCGGCAGAAGUACAGCCCUCUGACUGCUGAUUACGACGGCUACAGCAGCGAAGCCUCGGCCGACGACGCCAACUGCAUCCAGAGGAUGAGACGAACGCCGCCGCUGGACGAGCUUCAGCCCCCUCCUUACCAGGAUGAGAACGGCUCUCCAAGGAUGUCCUGUACGAUGUCCGACCUGGGGGACGCCAAGUGUGAUCUGUCCUACACCAGCGGCAGUCCCCGCCUGUCAUUCGGCAAAUGCCCCAGUGAGUGCAGCGACGGCCACGAGACUGAGAGUUACCUGAACAAGGGCUACGAGGAGGAUGUACCCAGUGACAGUACAGCCGUCCUCAGCCCGGAGGACAUGUCAGCCCGUGGAUCAGCAGCUCGGCUCCCUAAAGGUUAUGAUCCAGAUCCACUUGCAAAAUAUGGCACUCUGGACGUGGUGUUCGACUACGACUUGGAGGACCGGCAGCUGGCGGUCACCAUCAUGGCAGUAUCGGACCUUCCCGCCCUGAAACGCACGGGCAACAUCUCCUGGCAGGUCCACCUGGUGCUGCUGCCCACCAAGAAGCAGAGAGCCAAGACGGGUAUCGCCAGAGGUCCGUGCCCGAUCUUCACCGAGACCUUCCGCUUCAGCCACGUCGAGUCGGAGAUGAUCAGCAACUACGCCAUGCGAUUCCGCCUUUACAGUGUGCGGCGGAUGAAGAAGGAGAAGGCGCUCGGGGAGAAGGUGUUUUACCUCACCAAGCUCAACCUUCAGGGCAAAGUGUCUGUGCCGGUCAUAUUAGACCCCUGCUGUGCUCUCCCGGGUGGUGAAUCCCAGGUCAGCCUCUCCGACAUGACAUGCAGUGAAAGCGCCUCAUCAUUCCAGUCAGUCAGUCAGACUUCCACGCCAGAGAUCCUCGUGGGCCUGGUGUACAACGCCACAACAGGUCGCCUCUCUGUGGAGAUCAUCAAAGGCAUCCACUUUAAGAACCUGGCUGCCAACAAGCCACCCAAUGGGCUGUUCUGUUGUCUAAAACACUUGAUAGGUGGACAGGUUUAUAUUAUCCGAGAUACAUAUGUAAAGCUGACCUUACUGAACUCCAUGGGCCACGAGAUGUCCAAGUGUAAGACAUCCAUCUGCCGAGGGCAGCCCAACCCAACCUACAAAGAGACGUUUGUCUUCCAGGUCGCUCUUUUCCAGCUGUCGGACGUCACGCUCAUCCUCUCCGUCUACAAUAAGCGCAGCAUGAAGCGCAAGGAGAUGAUUGGCUGGAUUUCGCUAGGCCUCAACAGCUCUGGGGAGGAGGAGCUCACCCACUGGACUCAGAUGAAGGAGUCUAAGGGACAACAGGUCUGCCACUGGCACAGUUUGUUGGAGUCCUAG